CAGCCUCUGUAACAUCAAAGAUACCAACUUUUUACCUUUCAUUCACACACACUAUUUUUUAUGGUACAUCUUUUUUCUAAUGAUAUGAACUGAAUUAAAUUAUUGUUUUUCCUAUCUCCACGCCAGCAAUCCAACAUUCUACAAUUGGAUAGUGAAGAAGAUAAUAUAUAAAAGAAAGCUAAGAUUGCAUAAGCAAAGCAAAGAGCAGAGCUAAACAUGGCAUCGAUUACCAAUCCUUUGCUCUCUUCAAAUUUCUUUGGUUCAAAAAUCCUACUUUCUCCUCCAACUCCAAAAACUACUAAAUCACCAUUUCUUUUCCCUUUGUUCUCUACAAGAAAGUCUCAAUUAGCUCAACCUAUUCUCAACAAAAAACAGCCUAUUUCAGAUUCUUUGAAAUCAAUCCCAUCACAAGCCACUUUGGCUGCUUUGCUCUUCUCUUCGCUAACCCCACAAGCGUUAGCCCUAGACAAUUCUACUGUACCGACGCCACCGCCUGUAAUCGAAGCCCAACCCACCAAACCCAGCGCUUCCAAUUCCUCUCCUUUCUCUCAAAAUCUUCUUCUCACAGCCCCAAAACCCCAAUCCCAAUCUACUACUGACCUUCCUGAAGGCACUCAAUGGCGAUACAGCGAAUUCCUCAAUGCAGUCAAGAAGGGCAAAGUCGAGAGAGUUCGUUUCAGCAAAGAUGGUUCUGCUCUACAGCUCACCGCCGUAGACGGCCGCCGUGCUACCGUCAUUGUUCCUAAUGACCCUGAUCUUAUCGAUAUUUUAGCUAUGAACGGCGUCGAUAUCUCCGUAUCCGAAGGAGAUUCCGGCAAUGGUCUUUUCAAUUUUAUUGGAAAUCUUUUAUUCCCAUUCCUCGCUUUCGCUGGAUUGUUCCUCCUUUUCCGCCGGGCACAGGGCGGUCCUGGAGGACCUGGCGGAUUAGGCGGGCCCAUGGAUUUUGGAAGGUCGAAAUCGAAAUUUCAAGAAGUGCCAGAGACUGGUGUUACAUUUGCUGAUGUAGCAGGAGCUGACCAAGCAAAAUUGGAACUCCAAGAAGUUGUUGAUUUCUUGAAGAACCCGGACAAGUACACAGCUUUAGGAGCCAAAAUUCCAAAAGGGUGUUUAUUAGUAGGGCCACCUGGAACAGGUAAGACUUUGUUAGCUAGAGCAGUAGCUGGAGAGGCAGGAGUGCCGUUUUUUUCAUGUGCAGCUUCAGAGUUUGUGGAGUUGUUUGUGGGAGUGGGAGCAUCAAGAGUCAGAGAUUUGUUUGAGAAAGCCAAAGCAAAGGCUCCUUGCAUUGUAUUUAUUGAUGAGAUUGAUGCCGUAGGAAGACAGAGAGGAGCUGGUCUUGGAGGUGGAAAUGAUGAGAGAGAGCAGACUAUUAAUCAGUUGUUGACUGAAAUGGAUGGAUUUUCUGGUAAUUCAGGUGUUAUAGUGUUGGCUGCCACUAAUAGACCUGAUGUUCUUGAUUCGGCUUUGUUAAGACCUGGAAGGUUUGAUAGACAGGUUACUGUCGACAGGCCUGAUGUUGCUGGUAGAGUUAGAAUACUCCAGGUUCACUCAAGAGGGAAGGCCCUUGCAAAGGAUGUGGACUUUGAAAAGAUUGCACGGAGAACCCCAGGAUUCACUGGAGCUGACUUGCAGAAUUUGAUGAAUGAAGCUGCCAUACUUGCAGCUAGGCGUGACCUUAAAGAAAUUAGCAAAGAUGAGAUCUCUGAUGCUUUGGAAAGGAUCAUUGCCGGACCAGAGAAGAAAAAUGCGGUUGUCUCAGAUGAGAAGAAGAAAUUAGUUGCCUAUCAUGAGGCUGGUCAUGCUUUGGUUGGUGCACUUAUGCCUGAAUAUGAUCCUGUGGCCAAGAUAUCCAUCAUUCCCCGUGGUCAAGCUGGUGGUCUUACAUUUUUCGCUCCAAGUGAGGAGCGGCUUGAGUCUGGACUGUACAGCAGAAGUUACUUGGAGAAUCAGAUGGCUGUUGCAUUAGGUGGAAGGGUUGCUGAGGAGGUAAUCUUUGGUCAGGAUAAUGUGACAACAGGGGCUUCGAAUGACUUCAUGCAAGUUUCAAGAGUAGCAAGGCAGAUGGUUGAGAGAUUUGGUUUCAGCAAAAAGAUUGGGCAAGUUGCUAUCGGUGGACCUGGUGGAAAUCCCUUCUUGGGUCAACAGAUGUCAUCUCAAAAGGACUACUCCAUGGCCACUGCGGAUGUGGUGGAUGCAGAGGUAAGGGAGCUGGUGGAAAGGGCAUAUGCAAGGGCGAAGCAUAUCAUCACAACUCACAUUGAUAUUCUCCACAAGCUUGCUCAACUCCUCAUAGAGAAAGAAACCGUUGAUGGAGAAGAGUUCAUGAGCCUCUUCAUUGAUGGAAAAGCUGAACUAUUUGUUGCCUGAUUCCAUUUUUAGGCAUGAGCAAUCAUGUUGUAUUAUAUGUUUAAUUUACGAACAAGCACAUAUCAAAACCACAUUAGUUACUUGAUUAGUACUUAAAAAAAAGAUGUGUAUAUGCAGAUUAUAGUACAAUCUUCUCAAUUUUUUUUUGUCACAUUUCUUAAAGAGCUGAUCGUCGUUUUGCCAAAA